CAUCAGUGUAGUGAGUGCCUGAUUAGUUCCAUAGAAAUUAAACAACAAAUAUACAUAGACAACAUGAAAUUCUGUUCUACCUUUCUUAUUAUUUCUCUCUGUGUUCUUCAUACUACUCUUAUAGCCACCCAGGCAAGACCCUUGCCACUUAUUUUCGAUUGUGGAAGCAAAUGGAUAAUGAAAAAUGAUAAUUAUUAUGUGAAUCGUCCAUCAAGAGGCACACCACCGCCACCAAAAGUAAAUCCGCCACCAAAACCAGGAGUUGGAGGAGGAGUUUCAUCACCACCACCACCACCCAACAACAACAAUAAUGAUGUCAUUGCCUACAAAUUCUCCUCUUUGGAUUUCAUUCCAAUCCAUAACACUGCCUCAGCUUGAUUUACAAAUGUUUAUAAUAUAUAAUUAAUAAUAUAAUAAUGCUUCUUUCUUGGAUAUGUAUGAUUAAUUACUAAAUAGAUAUGUAUUGGUAUGUUUAUUAUUAGAUAAAAACUCAGUUACAGUCGACUUCACGUGAAAUUAAUAGCUGAGAACUGUUAGAUGAAAAUUUAGUCAAAUCAGUCAAAUCAUCUAACAACAGGUAUCAAUUUCACGUAAAGUCGAUUGCACCUCAGUUUCUACUUUAUUAUUGUGUUAUAUGUGACCUUUAAUUUGAUUAAUAAUAUAGCAAUUAGAAAAUAAUUAUCUGCUUUUA